AUGGACAAGCCCCAAAUUAUUGGUCAUCUACACAAAUCUUUGAAUUUCACAUUAUUUGAUUGCAAAUGGCUACCAGUAAGCACUAAAUUCGUCGUUGUGGGUUCUAACCCUCGCGACACUGGACAGAUUCAAAUCUAUGAUGUAACGGCAAAGGAACUUAGACUCGUCCUUGAGGCUGAGAAGUCCAAGUCGUACAAGUGCUGUACUUUCGGAGCAUCUCGUCUUCCGAAUGCUCAUCUAGCUACUGGAGCAUUUGAUGGCCGUAUGGCUAUUUGGGAUCUUGGGGACGGUGGCCGAUUAGAUGCUCCUCUUUACGCCGUUCAAGCCCAUAGAGAAAUAAUCAAUUCUAUUGAUGGUGUCGGUGGCCUUGGAGUUGGCGAAGGAGCUCCAGAAAUCGCCACUGGUUCUCGUGAUGGCUUUGUUAAAGUUUGGGAUCCCAGACAAGCUAAAACUCCCGUAAUUACUAUGGGACCUAGUGAUGAGCCAAACACCGAUGGUUCAGCAGAAAACUCUCGUGAUUGCUGGACCGUGGCUUUUGGUCAUGCCUACAAUGUUCAUGACCGCUGCCUUGUAGCUGGUUAUGACAAUGGUGAUAUUAAGCUAUUCGACCUUCGAACUAUGCGGGUUCGUUGGGAAACUAAUGUACGGAAUGGGGUAUGUUCUCUUGAAUUUGACCGGAAGGACAUUGAUAUGAAUAAACUGGUGGCCACAACUCUGGAAUCGAGUAUUCACGUAUUUGAUAUGCGAACUCAACAUCCUCAACGUGGUUUCGCAUCGCUGACAGAGAAAGCGCACGAUUCUACAGUUUGGCAAGUUCGACAUUUACCUCAACAGCGUGAUAUCUUCAUGACGACUGGAGGAAAUGGAUCAUUGUGUUUGUGGAAAUACAACUAUCCAGAGAAGCGCCAAAAAAUGGUUAAAAUGACGACAUCUGGAGAAGGAGAUGGAAAAGAAAUAGAAGUUGCCGAAGGCGUGAUGGGGAAACUCUCUCUUCUACAAAAUAUCACUCUUGCAUCGCAACCAAUUGCUAGCCUGGAUUGGUGUAAAGAAAAAAUGGGAUUAGCCAUUUGUGUAGGAUUCGAUCAAACUCUGAGACUUCUCAUUGUCACCAAAUUAAACCGAGUGUGA